AUUUCCCCGCCCCUCGCGCGGCUCCUCCCUCUCACCCUAGGCCGGCGUGGGCCUGCCGGGGCUGGACACGUGCGCGCACCCGAGCCCGCCCUCCUAGACACGUGACUCCCGGCUCUGGGCUUCCUCUACUUCAGCGUUCCCAGCGCUUGCUGCCCGACUCCGGCGUGAUGGCUGCUGCUGUUUCCCGCGCCGCUUCUCUCUCCCCACUGGUUCCCCUUCUCUUGUUCCUCCUGCUCCUCUCUGCUCCGCAGGGCGGCAGCGGCCUGCACACCAAGGGCGCCCUUCCCCUGGAUACCAUCACUUUCUACAAGGUCAUUCCCAAGAGCAAGUUCGUCUUGGUGAAGUUUGACACCCAGUACCCUUACGGUGAGAAGCAGGAUGAGUUCAAGCGUCUGGCUGAAAACUCGGCUUCCAGCGAUGAUCUCUUGGUGGCAGAGGUGGGGAUCUCAGAUUAUGGUGACAAGUUGAAUAUGGAGCUAAAUGAGAAAUACAAGCUGGACAAAGAGAACUACCCAGUCUUCUACCUCUUCCGGGAUGGGGACUUUGAGAACCCAGUCCUGUAUAGUGGGGCAGUUAAGGUUGGAGCCAUCCAGCGCUGGCUAAAGGGACAUGGGAUUUACCUAAGUAUGCCUGGUUGCCUACCUGCAUAUGACACCCUUGCUGGGGAGUUCAUCAGGGCCUCUGGUGUGGAAGCCCGCCAGGCCCUCUUGAAGCAGGGGCAGGACAACCUCACAAGUGUGAAGGAGACUGAGAAGAAGUGGGCCGAGCAAUACCUUAAGAUCAUGGGAAAGAUCUUAGACCAAGGUGAGGACUUCCCAGCCUCAGAGAUGACCCGGAUCACCAAGCUGAUUGAGAAGAACAAGAUGAGUGAUGGGAAGAAGGAGGAGCUCCAGAAGAGCCUAAACAUUUUGACUGCCUUCCAGAAGAAGGGGGCUGAGAAGGAGGAGCUGUGAAAAGGCACUCCAGGGUUUUCCAGGGUUUGGUGGGGGUGGGAGGGGUAAGUUACCUGCUGACUGUGAGACCCUCCUGGGACAUAAGGGAGUGGUAGGAAAAGUGGCACUAAAUCAGAAAUCUGAGUAUACCCAGAUGUUGAUGCUGGCUUAGAACAUCUCUGUAAUGAGUCAGGUACAGCUGGAACACUUACUUAGAUGGCUUGUGUAAUUCCCCCUCAGAAGGCAUUGGUGCUAUAAAGAAGAGUGUACUGCCCAGGUUCUUGACAGGUAUAAUUCUGAUCUAAUUAAAGUUUCUGUUUUGGUUAAGUGGA